UGAUUUAUAUAAGUUGGCAACUUGACUUAUCAGUUGUCAUUUUGCAGGCGGCGGGCAAUUAACCGGUCGUGUUACGUGUUGUUGAAAAUAAAUAAAUAAUAUCAACAUUCCAAAAAUGAAAGGCGAAAAGAACGUAGACUUUGAACAACUUAAAGACAUCGCAAAUAAGCUGAGGAUCGACAGCAUCAUCGCAACAAAUGCCUCUAAAUCCGGGCACCCGACAUCAUGCGCGUCCAUGGCGGAGAUAAUGUCUGUGCUGUUCUUCCACACGAUGCGCUACAAGAUCUCCGCGCCCAAGGACGCCUCCGCCGACCGGUUCAUACUCUCCAAGGGUCACGCCGCCCCUAUCCUGUACGCGGCCUGGGCUGAGGCGGGUCUCUUCUCGGUCGAGGAGUUGAAGAACCUGCGUAAGCUCGACUCGGACCUCGAGGGUCACCCCACGCCGAGGCUGAACUUCGUGGAUGUGGGCACUGGCUCCCUGGGCCAGGGUCUCGCCGUGGCCGCUGGUAUGGCCUACGUCGGGAAGUACUUCGACCAGGCGCCUUAUAGGGUGUACUGCCUGGUGGGGGACGGCGAGGCGGCGGAGGGCAGCGUGUGGGAGUCGCUGCACUUCGCGAGCCACUACAAACUCGACAACCUGGUCGUCAUCUUCGACGUCAACAGGCUCGGACAGUCCGAACCCACCUCGCUGCAGCACCAGAUGGAAGUGUACGACGCUCGUCUCAAAGCGUUCGGAUUAAACUCGCUAGUGGUGGACGGACAUGACGUCACGGAGCUGGUGAAGGCGUUCGACCAGGCGGCCAGCACGGCCGGCAAACCCACCGCCAUCGUCGCCAAGACUUACAAGGGCAAGGGUUUCCCUGGCAUCGAGGAUCUUGAGAACUGGCAUGGGAAGGCUCUCGGUGCUGAGGGGGAGAAAAUUAUUAAGCAUCUGCAGUCCCAGAUCAAAACGUCUAAGAUCACGCUGAAGCCCAAGCCGCCGCUAGCGGAGGCGCCGAAGGUGCACAUCGGCGACAUCACGCUGUCGUCGGCGCCGGCCUACAAGGCGGGCGAGCAGGUCGCCACGCGACUCGCCUACGGGACCGCACUGAAGAAGAUCGCCGACACCAACAUGCGUGUGAUCGCCCUGGACGGUGACACGAAGAACUCCACGUUCAGCGACAAGCUUCGCAACGCAUACCCCGACAGGUACGUGGAGUGCUUCAUCGCGGAGCAGAACCUGGUGGGCGUGGCGACCGGCGCCGCCUGUAGAGACCGCGCCGUCGUCUUUGCUUCUACCUUCGCAGCCUUCUUCACCAGGACCUUUGAUCAGAUCCGCAUGGGCGCGAUCAGUCAGUCGAACAUCAACCUGGCGGGCUCGCACUGCGGCGUGAGUAUCGGAGAGGACGGACCCUCGCAGAUGGGGCUGGAGGACCUCGCCAUGUUCCGCGCCGUGCCCACCGCCACCGUCUUCUAUCCCUCUGACGCGGUGUCGACGGAGCGCGCGGUGGAGCUCGCCGCCAACACGCGCGGCAUCUGCUACAUCCGCACCUCGCGACCCAACACCAACAUUAUCUACCCUAACGACGAAGUGUUCAAGGUGGGUCAGGCUAAGGUGGUGCGUCAGUCUGCGAAGGACCGCGUGCUGCUGAUCGGCGCCGGCAUCACCCUGCACGAGACACUCGCCGCCGCCGACAAACUCAAGGCUGAAGGUGUGGAGGCGCGCGUGCUGGACCCGUUCACGAUCAAGCCGCUGGACGAGGCCGCCGUGCGAGAACACGCGCGCGCCGUCGACGGACGCGUCGUCGUCGUCGAGGACCACUACCAGGCUGGCGGCCUGGGCGAGGCGGUGCUGUCGGCGCUGGCGCUGGAGCGCGGCGCGGCGGUGUCGCACCUGUGCGUGCGCGCCGUGCCGCGCUCCGGCCCGCCCGCCGACCUCGUGCGCCACUACGGGCUCUCCGCCGACCACGUGCUGCGCGCCGCCAAGCAGCUGCUGCAGGCCUGAGUCACUGCUGCACCCACUACACACCACAUGACAACCGCGAGGGAACCGAACAUAUUAAUACCCAGUGAACAAAAUAUUGUUCCCCAAUAGAGUCGAUAAACAGCGCAGGCCCGAUCCGCCUGUUAAAAUUACGCUUGAUGCUCUAAAAUGUAAGCUGAUUACGUCCUGUGCAUGUAGUCUCGAUCUGAUUUCGGCACAAACAUAUUACGUGUGAUGUUAUAAGACAAAUUUCGACUUAAAAGUCUGAAUCAUAUGAUUAAGGCUUCAAUUAAGUAUAAGUUUGUUUUAUACAUCAACUUUAAUAAAAUUAAUAUCGAUGAUACUAUAGUAUCAAAAUUUUAGAACUGAUCAGUAAAUCAUAGACAAUAAAUUGGCAACAACAUUCCGGUAAAAUCAUUUCGCUCAAUGUCUAUGAUUUAUGAAAAACACAUUGCAAAUUAUACCUAGUUCCUAAGAAUUAACGACGAAUAUGAUAUGGUUGUCUGUUAUAUCAUCUUUUUCUAUCUUUAUAUAUUUCAGGGUGGUUAUGUACAUAUCGAGUUUUGAAUAUGACUUCAAGUCAAUUAAUAAAAUAUGAUAUCUUUUAAGUUUACAUCUCUUAGUUUACUCUUCGCUUCUUAAUGGCAGCAUACAGAUAAAGAAUGAAGUGGGAAUCCCUAAGUUCGACUUCCAGGUUGGGCAAUGGUGAUUAUUUUAGCCUGUUAGUGUAGUCUGUACAAAACUUGGUAUAUAUACAACUGUCCCAUUUGUUAUAAACAGUGCCUUCAAGCAACCGCACAAGGUAUAAGGCUGAUGGUUUUUGGAAAGAUUUUUGAUGGGUUAGUGAGUAAGAGAUAUUUUAUAAAUGUAUGUAUUAAGGUUCGAAUGAGCCAAGUAACGAUACCGAGUACUCAUGCGGAAUCGAUACUUGAAAGUAUCGAAUGUAGAGGAAAAAUAUAAUGCCUAAUACAGAUAAAAAAAAAAAUACAAAUAAAGAUAUCAGACCAAAAAAAUGUUUUCCAUGUCAUAUCGAUAACUCAUUUUCAGGUAUCGAUGCUCAAAAUAUCGAUAUAUGCUCGACAUCGAUACUAUUCGAACCGUUUGUAUGUCUGUCAUCAUGGUGUUUCCUCUUAAAAUAUUUUUAUACAUUUGUUUAAAGUUCAUAUUUUGCUAGCAACUGUUAUUUCAACUUCUAUAAUAUGCGAAAAUGUUGUUAUCAUUCAGUUCCUUAUUACUGUUGAAGGUAUUUUUGUGUUGAAAUUUUAGAACUUAAAUAUAGCAAACAAUAUUACUGGAAAAUAGACAAUGGUCAUGUUGUUUACUGUAUUUAAACUCUAACUAUAAAUUGAGGGCUUCCUUAAAUCAAAUACAAUGACUUGGUUAAAUUGUUUAAUUGGUAAUUACAUUCCUGUUUGCAUUUCAUUUACGGAAUUGUAUAAUAAAGUUUAUUGAUACGAAAA